GAUCUAAGUUGGCCCUGCUUUGUGAGGGCGUUGGACCAGAGACAUCAUCCAGAAAUUUGUUCUAAUCUAUAUUGUGUGAUCUUUUUUUGAAGGGAGCAAAGCUGCUAGCAGCAGUGCUUUGAGGAUCCAGAAAUAAGGAGUGAGGGAGGAUUUGGCACUGUCCUGCUCAAGUGCUUCUCUGGAGUGGUGGGACUGUUUUGCCUUCACAAUGUUUGGGGACUUAUUUGAAGAGGAUUUUUCCUUUCUUUCAAACAAUCAUUGUGGAAAAGGGAAGAAAGCAAAGCCCAGAGAUUCUGAGCCUCCAGCUCCCAGGGAUUUCACCAACCUAAGUGGUAUUAAAAAUCAGGGUGGAACCUGCUACCUCAAUUCCCUUCUGCAGACUCUGCUUUUCACACCCGAAUUUAGAGAGGCGCUGUUUGCUCUAGGACCUGAAGAACUUGGGACUCUGGAUGAUAGCAGUAAACCAGAUGCAAAGGUUCGAAUAAUUCCAUUACAACUUCAACGGUUAUUUGCGCAGCUUCUGCUCUUGGACCAGCAGGCUGCAUCUACGACAGACCUUACUGAGAGCUUUGGGUGGAACAGUCAUGAGGAAAUGAGGCAGCAUGAUGUGCAAGAAUUAAAUCGGAUUCUGUUCAGUGCUUUGGAAACUUCCCUUGUGGGGACUUCAGGUCAUGACCUUAUUAACCGAUUGUACCAUGGGAUUGUUGUCAACCAGAUUGUUUGUAAAGAAUGCAAGAAUAUCAGUGAGAGACAGGAAGAUUUCUUAGACCUAACGGUGGCGGUAAAAGGUGUUACUGGCUUGGAGGAGGCCCUGUGGAACAUGUACGUAGAAGAAGAGUACUUUGAAAAUGAGAACUUGUAUCAAUGCGGAGCCUGUGAUAAACUUGUUGAAGCUUCAAAGUCUGCUAAACUACGCAAGUUGCCACCCUUUCUCACUAUUUCUCUCCUGAGAUUUAACUUUGACUUCGAGAAGUGCGAACGAUACAAGGAAACAAGCUGCUAUACAUUCCCUAUCCAGAUAAAUCUGAGGCCUUUUUGUGAGCAGACUGAAAUGGAUGAUUCAGAGUACAUGUAUGAGCUCUUCUCUGUUAUUAUACAUAAAGGUGGCUGCUAUGGAGGACACUAUCAUGUUUAUAUCAGAGAUGUGGAUGAAUUAGGAAACUGGCAGUUACAAGAGGAAGAGGAUAGGCUGAUUGAAGAUAAGCCUUUAAGAGUUACAGAAAAUGCCAAAGAAAUAGAAAAUCCAUUGGCAGUCUUGAAAGGGAUUUUAUCAGAGGAAGAAUCUAAACAAAUUCCCGUGGAUCAAUUAGGGCAGAAAUUAUUGGAGAAAUAUGGGGUGUCCUGGAAUAAGAAAUACCGAAAACAAUGUGGAGCGUUACGGAAGUAUUUGCAGAACCAUCCUCAGAUAUUUCAGUUCAGUCCUGAUGAAAAUAAGGUUGGUUUGAAGGAAAAACACAAGCUCCUGUUUAAGUCAGAUUCUCAAGGACAAACUCUCCAAAGCCCUCUUCAGAAGAAUGAUGUCCAGUGGAAUUCAGAAAAAAACCCUACAGGGCCAAGGGACAAUUCUGCUGGUUGCCAUUGGUUUGAUCUGAAUGAUUCAAAAGUCCAUCCGAUCAAGGAGAAGGAUAUUGAGAAACAAUUUCAGGGUAAAGAGAGUGCCUACAUGCUGUUUUAUCGAAAAUCUCAGUUAAAAAGACCGGCUGAAGCGCGAGGAAAUCCAAGGUACCAAAUUCCUGAACACCUUCUGAAUGAAAUGAAUGCUGCUAAUACUGAGCUGCAAAAAAAGAGAGCGGAAUGUGACUCAGCAAACAAUGGCAUUGAUUUACAUCUCCAUUUGAGCUCCUGUUAUAAAUUUCACAAUGGGGCUUUGCAUCCUUCACUUACUUGGAGAGAGAGUGUUGUGGAUUUGACUAUCGAUAGAAGAAAAAUGCUAGGAGACCUUCGACAAUCAGUAUUCCAGAUGUUGGAAUCUUGGGAAGGAGACAUGAUUCUCAGUAUUGCCAGGCCUUUACCAGCAGGACUGCAUCUUUACCAGAUACUUGAUGGAGAUGAGCUGACGCUGGAUGGCAUUGGGCUGGCCGAUGGAGCAGACAUCUUCGUGUGGAAUGGGAAAGAGGUUGGUGGUACAAAGGUAAUGACGGGCCCUGAUCAUGAACCUGUGGUUAUAAACGUUCUUCGUUUAGCGGAGCAUAAUGAAGGUGGGAAAGGUCAGCAUUUCACAGAAUCGCAGCACGUCUUUUCAUGCAGCACAAGACUAGGUGAUCUGCGCAGAGCCUUAGCACCGUCAGGAGGAAUCAUCUUAAAGAACGGCUCAGGACCAGAUAAAGAAGCCAAGAACUGGGAAGUUUUUCUUGAAGAAGAUAUGAAGGAAACAGUCAAAAGUGUUGGUCUGACGGAUGGAUGCUCAGUGCUAAUCUUAGACAGCCAUGACCAGAGCUUCGUGGAUGUGUCAGGUGGCAAUUUGACUGCUUUUACAUACGACAUCAGCUGGCUCCAAGUUAAAAACUUCUGCAGAACAGAUGAUGAAGAGAAACGCGUUAAAAUUACUGCCACUAUUGAAACAGUGAUGUCAGAUAUCAAAAUGAAAGCAAUACGGGAGCUUCAGCUAGAGGAAGAACUAGCAAAUGACAGCUGUCUUAGACCUGUUAAUGGAAAUGGGAAACUUCUUUCUCCAGUGCCUGAAGAUUAUACUGUCAAGGAAGCGGAACUGAAAAUGGGAAGCUUGCUAGGGCUGUGUCAUGGGAAAGCUCCAACUUCCACUCAGCUCUUCUUAUAUUUUAUUGUUGGGAGUGACCAAAACACAAGCCCUGAGAUGGAGAUCAUUGUGGAAGAGACUGCCUCUGUCAAAGAGUGUCUAAAUUUAAUGCUGGAAAAAUCUGGAUUGUCAGAGGUGUGUUUUUGUGUUUUGGUAGGUGACAACUGGCAUUUGAGAAGGAUUGACUGGUGCUAUGAAGCAGGAGAAGCGUUAAGUCAGGAAAACGCCACUUUGAAGGAACUUAAUGUCUGCAGAGGAGAUACUUUGGUUAUAACAGAAGGAAAGCUUCCACCAAAGGGUUUCCUAAAAAUACCUAUCUGGUGGCUCAAGUCUUCGAGUCAUAUGAAACGUGGAGAGAAUGCACAAGACCAAGUCAAUGGGAUGACCUGCAAGAUGGAUGCUUUGCAGGUGUCUCCUGCAGGAGAUUCACCAGAAUAUAUCCACACAGACAUGGAUCUUUGUUACGCUGGCAGCAUAGAAAUAGCGGGAGAAGCUUCUUUGGAAGAUCUGAAGAUGCAGGCUAUGACCCUACCGUACUGCCAGGAGCAGAUUGUCCCACUGCCCUCAUUUCUCAGAGCAUGGACGCUGGAAAAUAAGCACCUGGGCAAGCUUUUACGAAACAACAAGCAACAACUCAAUGACUAUAAGCUGGGCUCCCGAGUGGAAAUCUGCAUAGAAGCUUUGCAAAAAGAAGAAAAUUUGGGCCCCCAUGAACUGCUACUUCGAGUCCAGAUGGGCAUACCAGGGGAGAGGGACUACUAUGACUCCACAGAUCUGGUGUGGGAUGUCUCCAAAGAGUGCACGACCUGGGCGCUGAGGCAACGAGUGGCUUCUCACUAUUGUCUGCCUGUAGAUAAAAUUGAAAUAGCCAAAUACUUCCCUGAAAAAUUUGAGUGGCUGCCAAUAUCUAGCUGGACACAGCAAAUUUCAAAGAGGAAACGGAAGAAAAAGCAGGAGAGUUUACAGUUGGCGCCUUAUCACCUGAAAGAUGGAGAUAUCAUUGGGGUGAAGAAUCUUCUCCUUGAUGACACUAAGGACUUCAGCACAGUGAGAGAUGAUGUUGGAAAAGAGAAACAAAGGCAGCUUGCAUUAGAAAAAAAGAAAAGUCGUCAAGCCGAACGCUUACAGGACCAUGUUUUCUCUGAUGAGAAGCUGAUUAAGCACCGUAAACCAGAAGUGGCUCUUUCUAUCAAUGUGGGAGUUUUCAGAUAGCACCAGGAGAUGAUUUGCUGACCAGACCAUACUAGCCAUGGACUCAGUUGGAAUGGAGUACCUCAACUGGACCAGCAAGAGGGUCUGCCACAAAGUGUCUUCAAGAAUCACUGAGACAAACUGGAUACAGGAUUCAGGAUAACUCUGAUUUUCUUCUAAUCUCUCUUGGGGAAGUGCUUUAGCAUCCCUUUAUCAAUGUGGUACUUACUCUCAGGCUAGGUAAAUGCACUUUAUCCAUGAGAAAAUGGAUUAAUAUAUUGUAUAAUGUUUUGGGGACUGUUUUGUAAUCACCCUAAAUGCUUUUUUUUUUUUGGUGUUGGUCAGAUGCUGAUAUCUUGCACCAUCACUACGCAAUUUGCUGGGGUUUUUAAUACAGUCAUAAACAUAUCUUUUUAGAAAUUUUUUUUCCAUCUCUGAUCACUGAAGUUACUAGCGAUAUUGGAAUUUGCUUCUGUCUCUAUAAAAACCGAAGUCUGUAGUAGCUCAAGUCAGAUUUCAGGAAAGAAGGAAAUGUGGAAAUCUCUGAAUAAAGCGUACUAAGUCGGCUCUAAAAAUGUCAAGUUUAGAAUUUGUCAAGCUCUAAAACCUGAAGACUUCUUGUGAUACGGAACAACAGUGCGGUAACUUUAUAUUGUAAAGUUUCUAGGGCUUUUUUGUUGUCCAUAAGCUUCAUUAACAAACAAAAGGGAAGGAAAAAAUUGGCAGAGCUGAUGUGAGCAACCCAGAGAUUGGUCUGAAGUGGGUUUUAUUGUACUCAAGAAAAAAGGCUUGUAUUUAUUUUCAGCACUCUUAUUCAUUCGCAUGUAUUCUGAAUGAUAAAAUGAAAAUGGAAGAUAACACCCAAGCAUUUCUGGGCAGCAGUGACGUGCUGGUGGCACCUAAUGUGUUUGCCUUUUGCAGCUGGGAACCUGUGCAGAGGGAUUGCCGAAUCGAGUGAAGUCUGGUAUCAAACACACUGCAGAGCCUUGUUGAGCUACAUAAAUGUCCGGAAACCUGUUCCGAAAUGAGCAAAGCGUGAAGUAUCCUUAACUAAAACUGUCAUAAUGAGAGGACAAACUAACAGUCACUUUUGGGUAAUAUCAUAAAUGUUUAACCUGUUUUAUAUAUGCGCAGUAGAUUUUGUAGUAGAAAAUGCCAGUACAACAGACUCCUAAAAUUUUGGCUAAUGUGAGAAGAUCUCUCGCUUACCCUUUUAAACAAUAUUCUGGUAUUUCAGACAGCUCCAAGACAAAAACUGACACUCUCAGCUAACAGGAAAAAAAAAAGUCAAAAGCACCUUGAAGCAUAUGAUUAGUAUUUAUUUCUUUGCAUAUCUUUAAAGGUGAGCAGGUGCUUCUGUGCUUUCUUAGGUUGAUUCAUUUGAGAAGGGGAUAUUUAAAUUUCCCCGCUGUUUCGGUUGUAGGUAGUCUUUAUCUCGAAAUCCUACUUUUCUGCAUAGAUUUUUGUGACUGAGGUGAGGGCAGCCAGCUGCUUUCCCCAUCUUAUUUUGCAUCGCCUUCUUCCAUAUCAACAAGUGUUCUUGCGAGCCAGGGUUUACAGAGGUUACCGCAGACUGAUUACUAAGGUAAGCAAGAACGGUUUGUGUUUGCAGAUUGUUCCAUUGCAUUGCACUUACUUUGCUGUCCCUUUAAUCCCUCCAGUUCCUUACUGGACAGCUGUUCUUGAGCUCAACCUUCCCACCUACCUUUAAUAACUCUAGUCUCUUCUUGAAAACAUGAAGUUUUGAGAAAUUUUAAUACGGAUUCCAAGAACUGACGUGGAGAUUUGAGUAUGUGCCUUUGUUAAAGUGUCAAUGUAGCAGCACCUGCACUGAACCAAUCUUGGGUUAUUUCUAAUGUUGCCUCAAAGUGCAUAUUUUUUUUUCUUAAAACUAUUGUGGGUCAUUCCACAAUGAGAGAGUUUAUUAAAAAUGGGGGCGGGGAGAGGGAACACCUUUUAAAAUGGAGUCUUUGUGAUUCCACACUUUAUGAUGGUUAUAUUGCAAAGCCUGGAAAAGCUUUCAUCUUUAUUUUUCAAGUGUUCUUCACAAAAUAAAAAGUCAUUUCUACA